UGUACGACAACAAAUCAAAUAGAACUACAUUAAAUAGCUCGCAAGCAACGAUUCCGGACUAGUUCUUCGCAUUCAAUUACAGCAGAAUGUUCACCACUCAAAACAGUCACCGACUUCCGUCGGAACUCGAAGUGAUGCCGUUCAUCCUGCGGCUGAUGGAGUUUAUCGGUCUUUGGGGACCGCCGGGUCAGAUUGUUCGAUUCCUGGCGGCGUUCGGCUGGGGAACGAUGAUCAUUCUGUUCCCGAAGGCCGUGCUCGGAAUUGGGAGCGACCGGUUCGAUGCGAUCGCUAAGGGAAUCGCAGAGUUUAUCUUCGAGGGAAGUUUAUUCGUAGCGACGGCGAUUUUUGCUUCGAAAAGGAUCGCAUUUGAGCGGUUGAUUGACGGAUUGAAGGAGAUUUUUCAAAGGGCUACGAAUGGUCCGCACUCGAACGACUGUUACGACCUGCUACUUCGUCAAAAUUUAUCCAUCAAUAAGUUCGUCAAAGGAUACACGAUCUACUGCUGCUUCGGUCCGUUUGUUUUCUGCGUUCCGUCACUUGCGGCAAGUCACUUUCGGUAUUGGACGCACUCCGGGAAUCAAUCGGAACCGCUGAUCUUCGAACUACCCAUGGAACAAGAAUUCUACGGUCUGCAAAUCCGUACAAACUUCUUGCACUACCACAUUUUCGUACUUCUCUCGCUGUUUGCGUACUUCGUUUGUGCCUAUUUCCUGCUGGUCAAAGUGUCCGUCCACUUCAUCAUGAUCCAGUACAGUUCGUCUACUUACCGCUUGGUUGCGCUUCGGAUCCGCAAGAUGACAGAAUCAAAAGAAGUGACGCAAUCCGAGCUGGUGGACAUCGUCGAGCUACACCGCUUGGCCUACCGCUGCUCCACCCUUGUCGAGCAGAUUUGCCACCUUCCGCUGGCGCUGGAGUUCCUAACCUGCAUCCUGUUUUGGUGUCUCACCAUGUUCUACGUUUCAAACAACAUUGAUUUCAACCUGGUGAACGUGAUGGUGCUGUUUUGGCUGUCACUGCUGGAAACGUUUGGCUAUUCGUACCUGGGAUCGAAGCUAACGGAGCAGGCCGACGAGGUUGGCGCGGCCAUCUACGAUCUACCGUGGUUCGAGCACUCGGUUGAGUUGCAGCGGUACUAUCGGCUGAUGUUGCAACGCGUCCAGCGGCCUACUGGGAUUACGGGGGCUAAGUUUUUUGUCGUGCAGUUGGCAACAUUCGGCAGUGUGGUGCAAAUGUCUUACUCGUACUAUUUGGUGCUGAAGGAAGCGUUGACUAUGAUAUAAUGAUUCUUGUUAUUUGCAUUUUAAAUAUGUUCCUGAAUAAAAAUCAACUAAUCACUAA